AUCGCCAACAUGAUUGGCUUGGCCGAACGAUCGGGCAACGCCACGUUCCAGCUGCUGGUCAAACACGAGCCCGGAUCGGCCCGCAUUUCUCCCGAAGAGCCGAUCGCCGUCGACGAGGCCUCAAUCACGUUGACUUGCGCUGCCGAUCCGCCCGGCUGGCCUUUGCCCCAGUACCGCUGGUGGAAGGCCGGCGCCGAGACGACCAUUUUGGCUUCGACUUCUGAGCUGACGAUUCACGUGGCCCGUCAAAACAGCAAGGGAACGUAUUACUGUCAGCCCAGCAACGACCUGGGCACGGGCGGUUCCAGCUACGUCAACUUGCGCGUCUUCCAGCCGCCCCGCUUCAUCGGCCAACUGCCGCCCGUCUUGCAGAAAAAGGCCCAGGACGCUGAUUUCAACAUGACGUGCUCUGCCCAGGGCAAACCCAAGCCGUCCAUCACUUGGCUCAAGGACGGAGUUGAAAUUCUGCCUGGCAGCAGCUCGGGCGCCUACGAUUUGGCCAUGGACGAGUCGGAGGGUCGCAACAUCAUCUUCACUGUCCGCUCGACACUGCGAUUCCACGGCUCGGAGCGGCCGGCCCUUUCCCAGCUGACGGCCGACGAUCGCGGCGUCUACACUUGCGCCUUUGAGAAUCAAAUCCGCCGGAUCGAGUCGACUCUGACGCUCAAAAUCGAGCACGCCCCCAUUCUGCUGGACCACCGCCCCAAAGUGGCUUCCAACGUUGGAUUGUCCAGCGUCCAGCUCCUGUGCCAAGUCCAGGCCUAUCCUCGCCCCAAUUUCGAGUGGUCCCUGCGCGACGUGCCCAUCAUCGGCAGCAGCAGCGGCGGAGCGGGCGACAAGUACGACAUGAACGUCACGUCCAUCACCAACACGGCCAACGGCAACGACAUUUACCAGGGCGUUUUGCGCAUCAACGACGUCAAAGAAUCUGACUAUGGCGACUACACGUGCAAAAUGUGGAACGCUGUAGGUGAAAACGCGGCGGCCGUCCGUCUGCAAGCGACCAGCGCACCACCGGAGAAACCCACCAAUUUGCGCGUUGUCCAGUAGGGCUACGAUUCGCUGACGCUCGAAUGGGACGAAGGAUUCAACGGCGGAUUCGAGAAUGCAAUCUACACGGUCCUCUACCGGUCGGCUUCAUCAUCUGGGCAGGCCGGCAGUGAGGCAACUGCCUCUGGCCA